CCAAAGUGUCAUCUCGUUUUGUGCUGUCAGCGUCAGCAUACGGCGUUUUCUUCGCCUUUAAAAUAUAAUCGAAAUAAUUGCAAUAAGUUGAAAACAUUUUUUAUUCUUCAUGAAUUUUGUAAUUUACUGAUAAAUAAGUUUCAAAAUAAACCACCACAAUGGGUAUUCUAGAAAAGAUUUCAGAAAUCGAAAAAGAAAUUGCAAGAACUCAAAAAAAUAAAGCUACUGAAUACCAUUUGGGUUUGUUGAAAGCAAAGUUAGCAAAAUAUCGCUCUCAGUUGUUGGAGCCAUCCAAAAAAGGCGAGAAAGGUGAUGGAUUCGAUGUCCUUAAAAGCGGAGAUGCUCGCGUGGCUCUCAUUGGAUUUCCUUCUGUGGGUAAAUCCACACUUCUUUCGACACUGACCAAAACUGAAUCUGAGGCAGCCAACUAUGAGUUCACAACGCUCACAUGUAUUCCCGGUGUUAUCGAAUAUAAGGGCGCAAAUAUACAACUUUUAGAUUUGCCUGGAAUUAUUGAAGGCGCCGCUCAGGGCAAAGGUAGAGGUAGACAAGUUAUCGCUGUUGCGCGUACUGCCGAUUUAGUUGUUAUGAUGUUGGACGCCACCAAGCCAAAUGUCCAUCGUGAUCUUCUGGAAAGAGAAUUGGAGUCUGUCGGAAUCCGAUUGAACAAACGAAAACCCAAUAUUUACUAUAAAGUAAAGAAAGGCGGUGGUUUGAGCUUUAACGCAACAUGUGCCCUCACACGUUGCAAUGAAAAAAUGGUCCAAACAAUUCUGCAUUCUUUUAAAAUUUUCAAUGCCGAAGUGCUGUUUCGUGAAGACUGCACUGAGGAUGAAUUUAUCGAUGUAGUUACGGCUAAUCGGGUUUACUUGCCUUGUUUGUAUGUGUACAACAAGAUCGAUCAGAUUUCAAUUGAAGAAGUGGAUCGGUUGGCUCGAGAAGCUAACUCAAUAGUGGUCAGUUGUAACAUGCAAUUAAAUCUGGAUUACUUGCUGGAAUCCCUUUGGGAGGCAUUGCAGCUGAUUCGGGUGUACACUAAGAAACCAGGCGCACCUCCAGAUUUUGAUGAUGGCCUUAUUUUACGAAAGGGAGUAAGCGUUGAGCACGUUUGCCACUCAAUUCAUCGGACACUAGCAGCUCAAUUCAAAUAUGCAUUAGUUUGGGGCACUUCCACGAAAUACUCACCACAAAGAGUUGGCAUCGGUCACAUAAUGCAAGACGAAGAUGUCAUUCAAGUUGUAAAGAAAUAAUAUACCUACAUAUACGAAGUGUUACGAACUCGCAAACGCCAGUCUUCGAUAAAAGCUGAAAAAAAUGUCGUUGUCGUUUCCUUUUUUUUUAUAAAUAUAUAUAAACCAUUUCCACAUUUCAUAGCUUAGCAAUGAACAGAUGUUGUUUCUUUUUAAAAUUGAAGAUUGUUCGAAGAUUCUGUUAUUGCCUCAAACAAAAAUAAAUAAAAAACGAAACA